UCCGUUGCUUUUCUUCUGCUGACAGCCUGAUUGACCCCAGGAGGUGUGUGACCAGGAACUCGCCAAAGCUAUAUCCUACUGUACACAUCUUCCAUCACUCUCUCCACAAAGCUAGAAAUUGUGAAAUGUCCAGCGGUAGAGCGGAGAAACCUUUACCAGAUAUUCCUGAAGAGGAUGGUAGUAGAGAUGAUGAGAAGGGCUUUGGAAAUGUUUUUGCUGAACUUGAAUCAGUGGACUUGUCCCUGGGAACCACCUUAAGAUCUGUGUACGAUGACCAGCCUAAUGCCCACAAGAGGUUUAUGGAGAAGCUCGAGGUCAGGAUCCGUAACCAUGACAGAGAGAUCGAGAAGAUGUGUAACUUCCACCACCAGGGGUUUGUGGAUGCCAUCACUGAGCUGCUCAAAGUCCGUGCUGAUGCAGAGAAACUGAUGGGCCAGGUUACCGACACAAACAGAAGACUGCAAGACGCCGGUAGAGAGGUCACAGCCCAAACGGAGGAGGUGAUUCGCUGUCGGAUACAGCAGAGGAACAUGACUACCACUGUGGAGAGACUACAGCUGUGUAUACCUGUCCUAGAAAUGUACAGUAAAUUGAAGGAGCAGCUUCAAUCCAAAAGACACUAUGCUGCGUUGAAGACCAUGGAGCAGCUGGAGAAGGUGUUCAUCCCACGGGUCAGCCGUUACCGCUUCUGUCAGAUCAUGGCUGACAACCUGCCCAAGCUCAGAGAGGACAUUAAGGACAUCUCCAUGUCCGACCUCAAGGACUUCCUGGAGAGCAUCAGGAAACACUCGGACAAGAUCGGUGAGACCGCCAUGAAACAGGCUCAGCAGCACAGGACGUUUAACAGUGUGGUUCAGAAGCAGGACAGUGGUAUGGGCUACACCAAGCCAGUCUACUCCCUGAAUGGCCGGACGCCAACGCAGCACAACGGCCUCGCGGCGGCGGAGGAGGGAGUGGAGGACGACCAAUCAGAGGAAGAGGUGUUAACAGCCCAGGACCUGGUGGACUUCUCUCCUGUUUACAGAUGUCUCCACAUCUACACCGUUCUGGGGGACAGAGAGACAUUUGAGAACUACUACAGGAAGCAGAGGAAAAAACAGGCCAGGCUGGUGCUGCAGCCCCAGUCUAACAUGCACGAGACGGUGGAGGGCUACCGGCGCUACUUCAAUCAGAUCGUAGGCUUUUUCCUGGUGGAGGAUCACGUUCUGCACUCCACACAGGGACUGUUGACCAGAGCCUUUACUGAUGAACUGUGGAACAUGGCCCUGUCUAAGAUCACUGCCGUGCUCCGCACGCACUCUUCGUACUGCAGUGAUCCUGACCUGGUCCUGGAGCUGAAGAACCUCAUUGUGAUAUUUGCAGACACAUUACAGGGUUAUGGCUACCCAGUGAACAGACUGUUUGACCUACUGUAUGAGAUCAGAGACCAGUACAAUGAAACGCUGCUGAAGAAAUGGGUUCUGGUGUUCAGGGAGAUCUUUGAACUGGAUAACUACAGCCCUAUCCCCGUAGAGACUGAAGAAGACUACAAGUCUGUAAUUAGUAGAUUCCCUUUCCACGACGCAGAAAUCGAAAAGCAAGACUUUCCGAAGAAGCUGCCUAUGUCUCAGUCGGUGCCUCAGAUCUACGUUCAGGUCAAGGAGUUUAUCUACGCCAGCCUGAAGUUCUCCGAGUCGCUGCAUCGCAGCUGGACAGAGAUCGAUGACAUGCUCCGUAAAUCCACCAACCUGUUGUUGACGAGGACACUGAGUGGCUGUCUACAGAACCUCAUCAAGAAACCCCAUAUAGGACUAACUGAGUUAGUCCAGAUCAUCAUCAACACAACCCAUCUGGAGCAGGCCUGUAAAUACCUGGAGGACUUCAUCACCAACAUCACCAACGUCUCACCUGAGACCGUACACACCACACGGCUCUACGGCCUUUCCACCUUUAAGGAUGCACGUCAUGCAGCGGAGGGAGAGAUCUACACCAAACUAAACCAGAAGAUAGACGAGUUUAUCCAACUGGCAGACUAUGAUUGGGGCAUGCCGGAGUCAGACGGCCAGGCCAGUGGAUACCUUAUGGACCUCAUCAACUUCCUCCGCAGCACCUUCCAGGUCUUCACACACCUGCCGAAUAACUGCAAUGACCAUGCUGCCAUGUCGGGUAAAGUGGCCCAGACAGCCUGUAUGUCAGCGUGUAAGCACCUGUCCACGUCCCUGAUGCAGAUGCUGUUGGACUGCGAGCUGAAACAGAUCAGUAUGGGAGCCGUUCAGCAGUUCAACCUGGACGUCAUACAGUGUGAAUUGUUUGCCAGCUCAGAGCCGGUGCCAGGAUUCCAGGGGGACACUUUACAGCUGGCCUUCAUCGACCUCCGGCAGCUGCUGGACCUGUUCAUGGUUUGGGACUGGUCUACGUACCUGGCUGACUACGGACAGCCCACCUCCAAGUACCUCCGGGUCAACCCUUCCACUGCACUAGCACUUUUAGAGAAAGUCUACAGGGGAAUGAAGGACACCAGUAAGAAGAACAACAUAUUUUCUCAGUUCAGGAAGAAUGACAGAGACAAACAGAAGCUGAUUGAGACAGUGGUGAAACAGCUGAGGAGCCUGGUCAAUGGGAUGUCUCAACACUCCUAGAAACAGACACACAGACACACAGACAGACACACAGACACACAGACACACAGACAGACAGACAGACACCAACCAGCCAGAUUCGAUGCAUAUUGUAAAUAAGGAGAACACAACACACACGCACACACACACACACACACACACACACACAGGGACA